AUGAGUCAGCCACAACCCCAGGACGCUAGCUCCGGCACAAAAAAGCUACACCUCAUCGGCGUCGGCGUAGGCCACAGCAUCGCCCCAAUCAUGCACAACUACAUCUGCAAAGCACUGCACAAACCAUGGACUUUCGUCGCAACCGAAUCCCCCACCAUCGAGGCCGCAAUAGCGCUCAUGAAAGCCCCAGAUUUUGCAGGCGCUGUAGUGACAAUGCCAUACAAGAAAAUCGUAAUGGCUCAUUUGGAUGGCCUGGAUCCUCUGGCUGUUGAGCUCGGCGCCUGCAAUAAUGUGUACAUUACAGCAGAUGGCAAACUGCAGGGCACUAACACGGAUUGGAGGGGUAUCAAGGGGUGUUUGCUUGCAGUCAGCGAUAAGGGUGUUGGGAAGGCAGCCAUGAUUGUGGGGGCUGGAGGUGCAAGUCGCGCUGCUGUGUAUGCAUUGGCUGUUGAGCUCAGAUGUCCGGUGAUCUACGUGGUCAAUCGCGAUGACCAGGAAGUCGAAGAUCUGAUCGCUGACACACACGCCUUGCUUUCAACUCCUGGAUCAGACGAGCCGCUAUGCAAGAUUGUCCAUCUGCACACUGUUGAGCAAGCAAGCUCCCUUCCAGCACCGCACUACAUCGUUGGCACCGUUCCUGACAGCGUGCCAAACACCGACUCGGAGAAGAUGACCAUCAAGAUCUUUGCCCAUCAUCUGGCAUCUGCACUGGAACGAGGAGUGUUCCUUGACAUGUGUUUCAAACCCAGAAUCACCAGGAAGAUCAAAUUGGCAAAGAAGCACGGCUGGCAGACGGUUGAAGGCACGGAGAUCAUCGGACAUCAGAUCUACGAGCAGUAUAGAGUAUGGAUCAGUCCUGAUUCUGAUAGCGAGGUGGUUAGUCCAAAACUGGCUGGCGAGGCAUGGGAAACCUUACGGGCAGCUGCAACAGAAAGUAAAGGCAUCAAUUUUGAGGUGGAUGAUUUGGACGUAGUGUAG